CGUGGAUUGAUUGAUAACGAGUCGGACACUCCUCCCUCUCACUUCCCUUUUCCCCCUAUAAAUCCACAACCCCUACCUCCUCCCUUUUGAAAAAGCAAGUCCUCGUCCACCAAAAACAAAAUAAUAAUAAUAAUAAACGAGUCCUCUCUCGCUGAUAUCUCUAUUUUUCUGUUCAGCAAAUUGCAAUCAUUGAGUUUCAAGGAAAAAGCCCUCUGAUUUGAGUUAAAGGGUCUCAUUCCAAUUCCAAGAAAAUCAUUGGGGUUUUUUUUUUUUUUUUUUUGAAUAGCCAGAGGAUUAUUGGGUUUUAUGAGAUUUUGGGAAUGGCGUGUGUUGGAGCAGGUGUGAUUGGGGGCAAUGGGUCGUCCUGGAAUCUGUUCAAGGACAAGGCAAGGAAGAAGAAGGUGGUGAAUAAUAAUAAGAGGGUGAUGGUUUCUUGUGUUGCUUCUUCCGUGAUCGAUCCUUACCGGACUUUGAAGAUUCAACCCGGUGCCUCUGAAUCUGAGGUCAGGAAGGCGUUUAGACAACUUGCCUUGAAGUAUCAUCCAGACGUAUGCAGAGGAAACAAUUGUGGAGUUGAGUUUCACCAGAUCAAUGAAGCCUAUGAUAUUGUUAUGAGCAAUUUGAGAGGAGAAACGACGACUCCAUUGCAGAUGUAUGAGACGUACGAUGAAGGGGAUGAAGAGCCGAUGAGGGGAAUGAACGAUCCGGAUUGGGACAUGUGGGAGGAAUGGAUGGGAUGGGAAGGAGCUGGAAUUAGAGACUACACAUCUCACAUUAAUCCUUAUAUUUGAGGGAGAAUUGUAAUUAAUCAGGUGAAUACAUGGGUUUAAGUUAAGUCCAAAUUAAUCCCAUUGCAACCUAAAGAAGGUUGUUCUUGUAUGUAUAUAAUGCAGACUGAGGAUCUAAUUGUCCUUUUAUGUACAUAGCUCUCUGAGGUGCCUCGGCAAAUCAAAUGAAGAGUGUCAAGAU